AUGAAGAUCUUCCCCGAAUCCAGCUUCUUCAAGGAGAAACGAGCGGAUACACUUCCAUCGACAGCUGACGUUCGAGCCAUCAACGAAGGGUCGGGCGAUCCAUCUGCCACAAGCUUCAAUUGUCCCCCACCUGUCAUGAUUCCAUCGCUGGGGUUGGUUGUGAAAUAUGGCGCGGAUAUAACUAUUGCUGAAGCCCAGACCCAAAUAAUGCUACGCGAGCAGUUACAAAACCGUGUACCUGUUCCUGAAGUCUUUGGCUGGGCACAGGAUGCGAGACAGACUUUUAUUUAUAUGUCAUUCGUGGAGGGUGAGGCGUUAAUGGAGAGAUGGGGCGACUUGAAUGAAGACGAAAUACGAGCCAUUUGUGAGGAACUUGGCCAUUACAUGAAAAUGAUAAGGUCUUUGAAACAAGACCUUGAUGUCCCUUACAUUGGCAGUCUAGGCAAGCAACUACUGAACGACGGACUUCUCGUAUACCGUCCAAAGCUUGUUGGCCCCUUCCAAGGCACCAACGCUGUCGAACAGUUUCACAACACUUGCGGGAUUGAAAUUAGCAGUGAUGUACCCAUUGUGUUUACGCAUAAUGAUUUUCUUGCACCCAACAUCAUGAUACCCCCCGGGCGGAAUCCGAAAGUGGCUGCGAUCAUCGACUGGGCCCAGGCUGGAUGGUACCCUGCAUACUGGGAAUAUUGCAAGGCGCGGUGGAUGAAUGUGAAUACGGAUUACUUUGAUAUUGCCUUCCAAGAAGAUUGGCGCCUGAAAUAUCUGCCAAUGAUUCUGGAUCCUGUGGAUGAUGAGACAUGCUAUCAUCCUUGGAUUUAUUUCGCCUUGUCGAAAAUCUAA